GGAAGGUCUACACUGAGGUAUUACUGGCAGAUUUCUACAGAGACUGUUUGAUGAGAAGGAUUUAAAACUAUAAGCCUGUUCUGUCUGAGAGACUAUCAUCAUUUAUCAUCAAGUCUUCUCCUUACAUACAGGUUAAAUAUGAGAAGUACUAAGAAGACAUUAUCAGUUUCAAACACAUCUCAGGAAGAAAUGAAGGAGGAAAAUUACCAGUGUUCAGGUAACGGGAAGAUAUUUAGUUAUCAAAUUAAUCUGAAAAAAGAUCAGCAAGUUCAAACGGGAAAGAAGCGGUAUCCCUGCUCACAGUGUGGAAAGAGUUUUGCUACUUCUUAUCAUCUUGGGAGACACAAGCGCACUCACACUGGAGAGAAGCCGUAUCCCUGCUCACAGUGCGGGAAGUCUUUUACCACUCUUUGUAGCCUACGAAACCACCAGCGCAUUCACACAGGAGAGAAGCCGUAUCCCUGCUCAAAGUGUGGAAAAUGUUUUCCUUCUUCUAAUCAUCUUCGAAUACACCAGCCUAUUCACAUUGAAGAGAAGCCGUAUCCAUGUACACAGUGCGGGAAGAGUUUUCCUUCUUCUUAUCGUCUCCGAAUACACCAGCGCAUUCACACUGGAGAGAAGCCCUAUUUCUGUUCACAGUGUGGAAAGGGCUUUACCACUGCUGGUAACCUCCAAACACACCAGCGCAUUCACACAGGAGAGAGGCCGUAUCCGUGUACACAGUGCGGGAAGAGUUUUCCUUCUUCCUAUCGUCUCAAAAUACACCAGCGCAUUCACACUGGAGAGAAGCCCUAUUUCUGUUCACAGUGUGGAAAGAGCUUUACCUCUGCUAGUUACUUCCAAAUACACCAGCGCAUUCACACCGGAGAGAAGCCCUAUUUCUGUUUACAGUGUGGAAAGAGCUUUAUCUCUGCUAGUUACUUCCAAAUACACCAGCGCAUUCACACUGGAGAGAAGCCAUUUCUCUGCUCACAGUGCGGGAAGAGUUUUGCUUCUUCUGAUCGUCUUCGAGGACACAAGCGCAUUCACACACAAGAGGAGCCGUAACGCCAUUACAACGUGGUAACGUAAUAAUGUCAUGUCUAAAUACACUGCCUAGAGAAAAAAAUAAUCGACAUAUGAAGGGUCAAUUCAUUGGACUUCAUUAAGCAAAGAAAUAAUCAAAAAAGUUUUAAAUUUCUUGAACUGGGUUAAGUAACCUUCAAAUUACCAUAUCUUGGAAGGAGAGUACUAAACCAUCAACUUUGUGGAAGAAUUGUGUUCAGGGGAAAAAAUUUAAAGCGCAUGAAGCAAUUCACCCGUCGUUUAUAGUGACCACUGUACAAGCCUCCGGGGGCAGUGGUGAAUCCGUGUUUGUUUCAGUUGCUUAGGUCUAGGCUCAGCAAUGUUAAUGAAUUGAAUGAAUAAAAUGAAGUUAGCUGACGACCUGUUAGAAUUAUUUUAUAUAUAAAAGAAGUUAUUUCUACUUUCUUGCUCUCUUCCUCAUAGAUCUGAUAUUAAUAUGUUAAAUCUUUCCUGCUGCUUUCUUCCUGUCUCCUCUUGCAUCUGUUCUUGCAGAUGUGAACGCUCCCAUGGUCACCGUCCCAUUCUCUCUUUAUGUCUCCCCCUUUAUCUCUCCCUAUCCCCCUCUGUCUCCUUCCCUCUCUCCCCUUAACUUGUGCCAACAUCUUGUCUCUGGAUGGACACCUCUCUGUCUUCCUCUCUUUGGAUUCUUCAGGAUCUUACCAGGACAUUUACAGUGGUUCCUGUUCUUUGUAGUAACACAUGUCAAUGACACAGGCGUUUAGUCAAACAUACAAUUUUUUGUUAUUGUUAAUAAACAGAGAACUUUCUGACAGACAA